GCAUUUGUUCGCUAGAUGUACUUUGCCUAGUUCUGUUGUGGAGCCAAGUCCCCUGACAGCACCCGGUAGCUACCCCUGCGUUGGAGCUUGCCAAGGAACGAAAACAUGAGGCGAUUUGCUUGGGCCUCAACCGCCCUGCUGCUGGUCCUCGUGACGUCAACGCCCCCGAGCUCGACUGCGCUCAAUGCCGUCGAGCUCUGGCCUGCUGCCCAAUCGUUUUACGGCACCGACAACAUCGGCGUAGGAAAGCCCUUCACCGACCUCUCGGCGAAAUGGAUUUGGUACCAUACGACCAGCUUGGCUUACGGUUCCGGGUUAUCCGUUGCGGCCCUAUUCACCACGACCGUAACUGUCUCAACCGCGGGAGGCAUGCAGGCCCUGCUGAACAUUAUCGCAGAUGACGUUGCCGAUGUCUACGUAAACGGCGCCCCAAAUUUCUCCGCGACCCAUGGCUGGAGCGCAGGAUCCUAUACGGACCGGCCUCUCACAGUCGACCUGGUACAGGGCACCAACGUGCUGGCGAUAAACGUCCGCAACGUUCGUGGGCCCGGAGCACUUCUUGCUUCGCUCAGCACCAUGGACGGCAGAACUGUUCUGGCUCGCACAGACAAGUCCUGGGAGGUGCACCUGCAGGUGCUAUAAUGGAUUGCUUCACUUGCCGGCUAGAAAGGAGCAACCAUGAGGUUGCCGAGUUAAUAGCGACCUGACAGUCGUGGAUCUGAUCAGUACUGUCAUUCUAUCGAGUUAUGUAAGGCGGCUAGUGGUGUAUGUCAUCACGUGGAACGGAGUCCACGUGUGUGCUUCGUGUUUAUGCGUGUAAAAUGUAUAGAUAGUUGUGUAGUUUAGUGCCAUGAGCUUGAUAGCCAUGCGGAUACAUGCUUGAGACAGCAUGGCCGUUCGUACUUUGCGUUCCUAAGUUGUACAGAUGACCUGUUUUUUUACCUUUUUCCCCUUCUCUAGUUUGACACGUACUUUCCUGGCAAGGCAAAAUGCGAUAGGUGUAUGCGAUAGGUGUAUGCGAUAGGUGUAUGUGCGUGUGCUCACUGCAGCGGAGAUUCGGGAGGAUGCACAGCAUGGCCGUAACCAAGCCUUCGUCGGUCGUAUACUUUAGUUUCCUGCGAAUUGUAAUAUUCAUAUGACUCG